AUGACCACCUCAGCCCUGCGUCGCCAAGUGAAGAACAUUGUGCACAACUACUCCGAAGCAGAGAUCAAGGUGCGCGAGGCCACCUCCAACGACCCAUGGGGGCCCUCCUCCUCCCUCAUGACGGAGAUCGCUGACCUGACCUUCAACGUGGUGGCGUUCGCCGAGGUCAUGGGCAUGCUCUGGAAACGCCUCAACGACAGCGGGAAGAACUGGAGACACGUGUACAAGGCCCUGACCCUUUUGGACUACGUCCUGAAGACCGGCUCAGAGAGGGUCGCGCAUCAGUGCCGGGAGAACGCCUUCACCAUCCAGACGCUGCGGGACUUCCAGUUCGUGGACCGCGACGGCAGGGACCAGGGCGCCAACGUAAGGGAGAAGUCCCGCCAGCUGGUGUGUCUUCUGCGGGACGUGGAGCGACUGCGGCAGGAAAGGAGCCAGGCCUUGAAGACCAAGGAGCGCAUGGCCGGCGGCGGUAGUGGAGGUGGCAGUGGAGGAGGAGGUGGCAGUGGAGGAGGAGGGGGAGCUGAAGGGGGGAUCUACGGAGGGGUCCCCCCGUCCUACCACCCCGGCCGGCGAACCAGCCAGCCCAGCAUGGCCGUGCUCUACGGGGAAGAGUUCAGCCGUUCGCAAGGCUCUCCGUCCUCCUUCAACUCCUCGUCCUCGUCCCCUCGAGAGGCGGCCUCCGACCUUGAGCAGGCCCGCCCCCAGACCAGCGGGGAGGAGGAGCUCCAGCUGCAGCUCGCCCUGGCCAUGAGCAGGGAGGAGAACCAGAAGGAGCAGCGCUGUCGCCAAGGCGACGACUCACUGUUACAGAAGGCCCUGGACGAGAGAAGGAGGGAGAGCCAGUCAGACACGCAGGAGCCCUCCAUGCUGGAUCUGGUGGACGUCUUUGGGGCCCCUCCCUCUCAGGUCCCACCUCCCUCCAGUAAUGACCUCUGGCCCUCCACCCAGCACGCCUCGGACGUCUCCCCGGACCCCUGGGACUCUGUGGCGGUCCACUCCGGCAGCCCCCCGCGGGGCGGUCCCUGGGGGGACGCCGCCGCUGGCCCGGCCCCUCCCGCCGCGGCGCCCGCCCACGCGUCCAACCCAUGGGCCCCGUCCUCCGCCUCGCCCACGGACCCCUGGGAGCCCGAGCCCCAGUCCCCCAGCGACGGCCCCCCUGGCUGGGGGAGCCCCGCGCGGCGCACUGCAGGAGUGGAUCAGACGGACCCGUUCUCCGUGGAGGAACAGGGGGGUCUGAACGACGAGGCUCCUCACAUCUCCUCGCCCCAGCUGGUUGGAGCGGGUUCUGAAGCAGGUCGGUUGGACAGGCCGGCGGAGUCGGACCCCUUCGGAGACGCGGACGCCGCGGCCUCCGGUGCGUUAGGCUCGGAGCACCCGCAGGCGAGGCCGCAGGUGAACGGGCGCGGCGCGGCCAGCCCGGAGAUGUUUGACCUGUCGCGCCUGGCGCCGCCGCUCAGCGCCCCGCCCCUUCGCAUGUGCCGGACCCCCGAGGCCUUCCUGGGGCCCACGGGGGCCUCGCUGGUCAACCUGGACGUCCUCAUCUCCUCGUCGCCCCCCGGCAAGAUGCACCAGAACCCCUUCCUCUCAGGCCUGACCGCCCCGUCGCCCACCAACCCCUUCCGCUGCGACCAGCCCCGGCUGACCCUCAACCAGAUGCGGCCGGCCUCCACCUCGCCGCUGCCGCCCCACAUGCUCCCCUACAGCCCCUCUCUGCCCCUGCCGCUCCGCCGCCAGCAGCCCGUGCUGGCGUCCUCUCUGACCCAGCCCUCCGGCGGGCCCAUGGACCUGCCCUCCAACCUGCCCCGGCCCCUGCUCCCCCUGUCCCCCCGCCCGGCCCCCCGCGCCCAGGCCCACGCACACAGCCACAACCCCUUCCUCUGA